AUGUCACCAAAACAUUUCCAGCGCUUCCGCCACGAGAGGGUAGUCGAGUUCCUGGCAGUCCACAAGAACAAGGCAACAGGCGAACGCUACAGCUGCCUGGAUGACAUCAAACACACCUACCCCGAUGCCCGCCGAUUCAAGGUUGAUGGCGUGGUCCUGAACUUUAUGCGCGAUGCGAACGAGAAUAUAUACGAGCCAAGGAGGAUUGCACAUCAUCCAGACGAUAUCAUCGAUGUUAUUUGUACAACCUCGGUGCCUGUGCCCCCGACCCCGCCAAGCAGUAUCUCCGACAGGUCCAUAUCUAUAUCCCUCGACGAGCACCCAGAUCAUGUCUGCCCUGGCGACUCAAUAGACCUCUCGGUCCAAACUCUUUCCAUCCAAACUGACUCUGGAACCACCACCAGAACAACAACGUCGCUCUCUGUCUCGCCUACUACCAACACCACCUUUGCACAUUCUCCAGGAUACCUCCAAUCCGUCGCUACAGCUCAAGAGACGACCGUCUACUCUCCAUACAUCACAACCAGUUUACAGUUACAGUGCGACGGAUCUGACGAUGCUCAUUCAUUGGCUCACCCCAGGGGCCAACUUGCUCAUGCGUUACACCAUCUGAACGACCAUCUGUACGAAGUGAGAAAGGAGCAGUUCGCCUCGAGGGACAGGGAGUUGCAGAUGAUCAAGCAGCAAACGGAAGCAAGGGAGCGGGAGGAGCAGAUCAUCAAGAACCAGAAGCAGAUGAUCGACCGCCUCAUUAUCACCCAACGACAGGUCGACGCCAUUCUGGUCCAGAACUACGAGCUCCACGAGUACCCGAUCCCACGCCUGUUUGUGAUUAUGCCAGAGCCGACGAACAAGUGGGACCCGACCAACCUGUUGGGCAGGAAGUAUCGCCUGCAUUUCUUGUGCGAAUGUAGCGACCAUCGCCGCCCCUCCUCAAACCAGUUUGUUGCUCCACUGGACAGGGAUGCUCGGUUCAAGAACAGGGUUCACCUCACGGACCACAGGGGGUACGAGUUGUCUCGGCCGACAGAGUUCUUUGAGCAGUACGGUGCCUUUCUCCUGGGCACACUCAGGAUCUUGAAGCAUUGUCUGGAGGUGGCGAGUGCAGUCGCCCCGGUCGCUGGUCUGGUUCACGGAGGAGUCAGGGCUGUCAUGAAAGAGGUGAGCUUGUUCGCCGACUCUCAUCUGGAGUCGAUCGAUAGCUCGAUUGAUUUCCUGAAGAACACGCUGGAGGAAUACCAGGUCAACAUGGGACUGGGGCAAGAUUGCGAUGCCGACAGUCAGAAGAGCGAUAUCAGCAGCCAGAGGAGCGACAUCAGCAGUCAGAGGAGCGACACCAGCACCCAGUGGAGCGAUGCCGAGAGCCAACUGAGCGAUCACCUCCAAACGAUUGCUGCACUCGAGGGCGCUGACUUGCGACGACUUCACACUUUCCUACGGAGCAACGACGAGGACAAGGUCUUGGGCGACCUUUACCGGGCUACCACCGACACGGGUCAUGUCAAGUGGGUCUGCUUGAAGCAUUACGGAGAGCAGUAUCGGACCGCCAAUAUGGCUACCUUUAUCCAGUCAGUCGAGACUGCCAAGGGUCAUUAUGACCGUCAUUUCCGUAAAGUCACCAUCACCCUCAAAUCCACCAUCGCUGCCAAGGACUUUCUCAAACGCCUCGUCAGCCAGGGAUCUACUGUCAACGAGCUCCACGUCACCCUCGCGUGGAACUUUUGGUCACCAGACCUGGCGUACCUUGUUGACAAGAUUUCUCAGACCAACAUCAAGGUUCUUCAUCUAGAUUUCGACGACAGCGAAGGAUCACCUACACCCUGGGAAGCAAUUCGACUCAGCCGAGGAAAGUACUACCCUCUCCUCGAUCUUUUGUCGAACAAGAAGCUCCGAGCUGUCCACUUUGCCAACCUCAGUCUACUAGGAGCAAGGACACCAGACCUCUCCUCGGCACAGAUGGGAUCUUCUCUACGAAGUUUUCAUUUCUUUGGAGCGAUCCGUCUCGAGGACGACUACCGCCUUGCAAGGAUCGUCUCCAGCUGCCAGGGACUUGUUGACCUACGCCUUGGCUCUGGUAGCCACUCUGGCCACCUUGGCCAGAGGCUUCACCAUGCGAUAUGUUCACUCAAGGACCUGCAGAGCCUUCACCUGCAAUGCAUGUACAGGAGCUUCGACCUCGACAAAACCUGCCCCACUGCCAUUACGACAUCCAGGACGAUGAAGGAGAUAGUCGGUUCCACAGUUGUCUUUGACGGUCGUCUUCUGGAAGAUACAGUACAGCGGUCAUUGUCGAUGCUGGAGGUCCUGGUCCUGGAGAGUCAUAACCUUUACCAGCACCACUUUGCGAUGGUCCCUGAGCCCAAGUUUGGUUUUGAGGGACCCAUGCCCUACGAGUUGCCAUCUUUGGGAGUCUUUUCUGCCACGACCGUCUUUUCCAGAAUGACACAUAUCGAUCUCUUUGUGAAGUUAACGAACCACUCUCUUAACACCCUGAGAGCCGCCUUGCCCCACCUCCGUCUGAUCCACUUUGGCUCAGUCCACUAUAUCGAUGACCUCCUCAAGCACGUCAACUUUGUCACCCUCAAGUCACUCUCGAUCGGGAUAACUCACGACACAGACCUCAAACCCCUCCAAGACGCCUUCAUCACAAAAUCCCUCCCCUGCCAAAUCGACUCUCUAAAAAUCGAAUAUUACGAACAAGUCGACUUUCACUACCCCCAAAUCCUCCACCUUAUCCCUCUAACCUGCCUUCACCUCAGCCGCGUUGACGACGAGCAGCGUCUCUGCCAACUCCUGGAAGCCAUCAACUUUUCGAGAUUGGAAGUUUUGUCGAUUUACGAGUGCAAGUAUUCGAAAGCGGCCGAGGCGAUCCUGUCGAGGAGGGCGGACGAGUUUCUGGGGAACCUGACGGUGCAGUUGGACGAGCGCUCGAUCCGGCAUUAUAGUCAGGAUAUGGCGUAUGUGGGCGAUCCUAGGGCGGUGAAGACGCGAUUGUCGGAGAAGUGGGUGCAGCAUAUGGGACAUAUUCAUCAGGAUGAGAUGCAUUAUCGAUUCUUGCAGCCCAUCUUGCCUGUUACCUAUUAUUAA